GCCGUUUCAGUUAUUAAACGUGCGAUUAAACAUGGCGGCCAGUAUUAGCUAGCCGCAAAAUGACCAAGUUAUGAUGAACUCUCGCCUUCUGUUGUGUUGUGCCUGUUCGCUGCAUCGAGCGGUGGUCUUCUACCGGCAUGUCUCUAAUUCUAACAAGCCCGGUCUCCGUCGGUUGCAUCAAUAUAGAGCACGAUUUUCGAGAUUGAAGCCCAAGGAACGUAUUCUGAGUGAUUCAUAUGGCCAGCCUAAAAGUACCAGUGCUUGUCAAAGCAAGCCAAAGUCAACUUCAGUGGCACUGAUUGGAAAGACAACAUGUGGUGUUGAGGCACAUGAAAGCCUCUCUCAUGUAGAGGAGAAGAGUGAUGACACAGAGGAGGAAUGGGUGGAACAAAAAAUUGAUUGGAAAAAAUUGCCAAGACAGUACAUGCAGCUGUCCAAGAUCAGACUAACAGGUCUUGUGGUAAUCACAGAAAUGGCAGGGUAUGCUAUUGCGCCAGGGGCAAUGAAUCUCAGUACUUUUCUUUGGGCUGGACUAGGAACAGGCCUCUGUUCCUCCUCAGCAAAUGCAUUUAACCAGUGGCUAGAAGUACCUUUUGACUCACAGAUGAGCCGCACACAAAACCGUGUUCUUGUCAGGGCCCGUUUGAGCCCCCUUCAUGUAGUACUAUUUGCUGUAGCAACUGGUGUAAUGGGUGUAUCUGUAUUAACCAGUCAAGUUAAUGGAUUAACUGCUGCUCUGGGCGCAGCGACUCUUGUACUCUACACAUCUGUCUACACCCCUAUGAAGCGUCUGAGUAUUGUUAAUACAUGGGUUGGGUCAGUUGUGGGAGCCUUACCCCCCUUGAUGGGCUGGGCUGCCUGUACUGGAGGAAUAGAUGCUGGGGGAUUGGUGUUAGCAGGAAUUUUGUACUCUUGGCAGUUUCCACAUUUUAAUGCUUUGAGCUGGAAUCUCAGAGCUGAUUAUUCUAGAGCUGGUUAUCGCAUGAUGUGUGUAACAAAUGCACCCCUGUGCAGACGGGUGACCCUUAGACACUGCUUAGCAUUGGUUGGCCUUACAACACUUCUACCCGCAUGUGAAGUUACAACAUGGUGGCUGGCUUUAGACUCUUUACCACUUAAUUUAUGGAAUGCUUAUUUGGGAUAUCAGUUUUAUAAAGACUCAGAUUCAAGAUCUGCAAGGAAACUUUUUCGGUUUAGUCUGAUAUACCUCCCAAUUCUCAUGUUUCUGAUUUUGUUUCACAAGAAGCCAAGGACAACUCAGGAGGAGGGAGUUGUUCAAGUGACAUAGCCAGCCUCCUUACUCCAGCAUAGUUUUUUCGAGGAAUUACAAACAAUAAGUCUUGAAGUUUGGAGGGGACACUGAUGAAGUUGUUCUGACCUCUUGUGAUAUGUUUGUGGUUGGAAAGUUGUCCACUUUGGACUGGCUUCUACCAAACAGUGUUGCUUGCAAAUGAAUGCAGUUUAGGGAUAUUAUUAUCAAAAAGAUGUUUUGGACAUGGACUUCAUUAGGACAAGAAUUCUACUUUGAUUUUAACUUCUUUCCAACAAUUUCUUGGUCUCCAUGCAAGACAGAGUUUGGCAUGCACUAUUUAUGUUUUUACAGAGAACUACCACAAACAUCAGUCUUGGGCAUAAGGCAUAAUGCCUACAGAAUUUUAUUUCUCUAACCUAACAGGUUGUGAGAGCUCAUUUUCUUCACUUUGUAUGGCCUUAUCUAGGCAUUCAGUUUAUCAAAACAGCUGCACAACAGUAUUAGCAGACCAAGACAAUGGCAAGGGAGGGAUCAAAAUGGGUUUAGGUUAAACCUGUUGAUCUAACUGAAUUCCAACAUUUGUUAAAACUGAUGGUCAUGUAUUUCUUUGUUAGCUAUAUCUAAAAAGUUUGGUGCCAUACCACAGGUCUUCAAUUAAGAAAAAAUACAAACUGCUGCAGCGGGGGAGUAGUAUCUGAAGGAAAAAUUGCUCAGGCCAUUGAAAUGGAGGCCUGGAAUAAGUAGCUAAGUUGGGAUACACUUCACUUUCAAUGCACGAGGAACACCCUGAUAUACCGCAGUAAUAUCCCUCAGUUGAAACUUUUAUCUUGUUAUUUUCUUUACCCGCCUGCCUGACAUUGCAUGAAAUUUGUUUGGAGAAUUGAGACACUUAUCAAUUUAAAGAAUCAAAGUAUUUAAGAUAUCCUGCAUCUUCAUCAUAAUGUUGGUAACUAAUAUAAUAAUUUGGAUAUAUCAACAAAGUUGAAAUGGUAAACUGGCCACUGUAACGAUUACAAAAGCUGACGUU